AUGAAUCAUCAGUCGAGAUUCAACUCCAACCUGUGGCUACUAGUUUUGGUGGCUUUCAAUGGGGUCUGGCUGGGAGAGGCCCAGGUGCCAUUUCCCGGAAAGUGUCCGGACGUGAAAGUGAUGGACACCUUUGAUCUGGAAGCGUACAUGGGCGUCUGGUACGAGUACUCCAAGUACCCCUUUGCCUUUGAGAUCGGCAAGAAGUGCAUUUAUGCCAAUUAUGGAAUCGUGGACAACAGUACGGUCUCAGUGGUAAACGCGGCCAUAAACCGAUUCACUGGAAGCCCCUCAAACGUAACUGGUACCGCCAAAGUUAUUGCCCCUGCCCAACUGGCCGUGGCAUUUUACCCGAAUCAGCAAUUAACAAGGGCAAACUACUUGGUCUUGGGCACCGACUAUGAAUCAUACUCAGUUGUCUACAGCUGCUCUAGUGUCACAACCUUGGCCAACUUCAAAGUCGUUUGGAUCUUAACUCGUCAGCGACAACCGUCCACCGAGACAAUAGAAGCCGCCAAAAAGAUCCUCGACGACAAUUCCAUAUCGCAGGCCUUCCUUAUCGAUACGAUUCAGACCAAGUGCCCCCAGUUGGAUGGCAACAGCACCGAACUGAUCGGAGAUGAUACCGAUGUGGAAGACUUUGUCACAACUGUGGUGCCAAAUGCCAUCGAGAAAGCAUGAGAAUGGCUGCGACGCUUCUACGAGCGUCUCUUCGAUAUUUUUAUGAACUUUCUGAGUUACUAAAAUUGUUAACAAAAUGUACAUAAAAUGG